CACACACACACCCCACCACCACCACCUCCUCCCGUACCCUCAGCCCCAUGGCGUCAUCGCCAGACUCCGGCGGAGUCCUCCGGUAUCCCAGCAGCCACCGAGCACCCUGCAGCGUAUUGACAAAGAAAAGGGGAGAGCAGGGUGGGAUUGGAACAAAAACAUCGCCUCAAAGAUCGCAGCGGAGAGGAAGGACUGAUCGUCAUGUUGCACAGGAGCUGAGAGGGUAAGGCUGGCUGAAGUUUAAGGGAGCGUUUGCCCCCUUGGAGCUGGAGAGAGAACGAGUGAGAGAGGGGCAGAGUGAGAAUUAGCUGAAGGGAGGGCUAAGUGCGCUCAGUGUGCGCCAAUGCAUCAGCAGAGCCGGCAGCCUGACCUAGUGGAAGGAAGACUUCCAGUGUUCGUUUUCCCGACCGAGCUGGUUUUCUAUGCAGACGAGCAGGCCUCGCACAAGCAGGUGCUCACGCUCUACAACCCCUAUGAAUUUGCACUUAAGUUCAAAGUUCUGUGUACAGCGCCAAAUAAGUAUGCGGUAGUGGACGCCACCGGUGCCGUUAAGCCACAGUGCUGUGUAGAUAUCGUGAUCCGCCACAGGGACGUGCGGGCCUGCCACUAUGGCGUGAUCGAUAAAUUCCGGCUGCAGGUGUCGGAGCAGAGCCAGAGGAAGGCUCUUGGCCGGAAGGAGGUGAUGGCCACGCUGCUUCCCUCGGCCGCCCAGGAGCAGCCUCAGCCCCGGCCCCAGGAGGAGGAGCGCAGGAUGAAGGAACAGCUGAGCGACAGCGUGUUCUUCGAGCAGACCGCAUUCCAGACAGAGAGCCGUGCAGCAUCAGGGGGCCCCAGCCUGCUGACUGUCCUGUUGGGCCUGGUGUGUAUGGCCGCCCUCAUGCUCCCUACACUAGGAGAGCAGGAAUCCACAGUGCCUGUCUACCUCCACUUAAGUGUUAACAAGAAACUCGUAGCUGCUUACGUUUUAGGUCUUCUUACAAUGGUUAUCCUCCGCACAUGAAGUGCUGCUGGGAGGCAGAUUUGUGCAGAGGAACUGAGAGCAACGGGAAACAGACGUUUGCACAACGUUAAAGAGUUGUAAGGAAAGGGUGAGAAGCAGAAAUAAAAACAAGACAGUGACCCUCUUAACAGGAACUAACUGCUUAAAAGACAUUACAAACUCUUAGACACAAUGAAGAUGUGAAGAUCCUGGGCGGAGGGAGGAAGGGGCUCUGGGUGUGCAAACUGAAAAACUGACUGAGCUGGCAACUGAGCCGAGCUGACUAUCAGGGGAGGCAGGCGGGAAGGGGUUGUGUGUAGAACCACAAGGAUAUGUUAAAUUAAAUGUGUUGUUUUACUUC